CUGACAUGCCCCUCCCCCCCAGGGGGAAGUGAUGAACCUGCUGAUGUUCCUCUCCACCUGGGAUGGCAAAGUGCCCCAGCCAGCCAUCCUGAAGCCUCACCCACUCUGGACCGGGAAGCAGAUCUUCUCCGUCAUCAUCCCGGGACACAUCAACUGUGUUCGGACACACAGCACCCAUCCGAACGAAGGAGACAGCGGCCCGUACAAGCACAUCUCACCGGGAGACACCAAGGUGAUUGUGGAGAACGGAGAGCUGAUCAUGGGCAUCCUGUGUAAGAAGUCCCUGGGCACCUCAGCCGGCUCCCUGGUCCACAUCUCCUACCUGGAGAUGGGCCACGACAUCACCCGCUUGUUCUACAGCAAAAACCAGACGGUCAUCAACAACUGGUUGCUCAUCGGAGGGCACACCAUUGGUAUUGGGGACUCCAUCGCUGAUGCCAAGACCUACCAGGACAUCCAGAACACUAUCAAGAAAGCCAAACAGGAUGUGCUAGAGGUCAUCGAGAAAGCCCACAACAACGAGCUGGAGCCCACCCCUGGCAACACCCUGCGCCAAACCUUUGAGAACCAGGUCAACCGCAUCCUGAACAACGCCCGAGACAAGACCGGCUCCUCUGCCCAGAAGUCACUCUCAGAGUACAACAACUUCAAGUCCAUGGUGGUCUCGGGGGCCAAAGGCUCCAAGAUCAACAUCUCCCAGGUCAUCGCCAUGGUGGGGCAGCAGAACAUGGAAGGGAAACUCAUCCCCUUCGGCUUCAAGCAUUGCACCCUGCCCCACUUCAUCAAAGACGACUACGGGCCGGAGAGCAGGGGCUUCGUGGAGAAUUCGUACUUGGCUGGACUGACCCCCACCGAGUUCUUCUUCCAUGCCAUGGGAGGCCGAGAAGGGCUGAUCGACACGGCCGUCAAAACGGCUGAAACGGGUGAGUUUUGGACGAGGGUUGAAGUUGCUUCAGGGAGAAAAGCUCGGAGACGUUCUCUGACCCUGUUAGGUUUGG